GGGCCGAACGCGAGUUCCGUCUCAGUCGUACAACGCUAUUAUUAUUAUUAUUAUUAUUAUUAUUAUUAUUAUUGUCGCUGACGCUAUCAUUGCACGUGGUCGCGACGAAGACGAAGGGAUGAUAUGUCUUGGCGACGAUCGCGCCGAUAGACCUACCGACCACUAGCCCACCGGUCCUUCUGCCGACCGUCCUUUCUGUAAACACCCGCCCGCCGCCCGCCGCCCCUGAAGUCUACACCCUCCCCAAUUUUGCCGCCCGCCAUAGGUGGUUGAUUUCUCGGUGGCACGCGCGCGACCACGACGGGUUUCGAAAGAUCCGACGGCGGCGGAUCCGUCGAGUCCUACCCGUGCCACGGCGUCCGAAUCUCGUGCUGUGCACGCACCGCGAAUGAAAACGGUGGCAUCCAACCUUGACGCGGCACUUAACGCAUAACCCUCGAGAAACGGGUGUGGCACGUGCCGGAUCCGGAGAAAAUCAAGACUCGUUUCAUCACUACACUACACUAAAUAAUACGAGCGGUGAUGUGAACAAUAAUUGGUUAUAUACGUAUCAAGAUUGACUAUGAAAAUUUCAUCGCACUACAAACAUUAAUACUUCACACGUGUAGACGCGAAAUACGAAGAAAAAACGUGGAAACUUUGUGAUUGGAAAUUAGUCAGCAGUGAUGGACGCAGAGAAAAACGGCCAUAACUACUCACAACAAUUGCAUAAAGCUAAUAACGUACAGAAAACAUCGUAUUUACCCGCUUGCCUCGAUUAUAAGUACCGAGAACAAUAUGGUUAGCGGUCACCUCGUCUGCACUUAUUCUGUCUAACUGCGUAGAUUUGAAACUUCACUAGAUUUGGCCGACAUAAAUACUUCGAUGACAACUAUAAAACGCGUCCACGAAUUCCAUAAUGAAGUUUUAUAAAUCCCUCAUGGUCUGUGUAUACAGUAGUAAUGUCAGUUGCAAAAACCUCCGUUAACACAGUACACGAUAUUUAACUAUAGCAAUGGAAUUUUUAAUAGCAAAUGAAUCUGACGAAAUCUCAAUAUUGCCGCAAACUGAUGAGCCUACCAACGACAAACCUUAUAAUGAUGAUAUUAAGCAAACAAAUGUUGCAAAUAUUGAUAAAGUUAAUAAUGAAGAAAUAUGUACUGUAUCAAAAACUUUAUCUGAUUGUUUAGUAGACACUCCAAAAUUAUUAUCAAAUUCAGAAUGUAGAGUUGAAAACAUGCUAUUCAAUAUUAAAUCUGAAGAAUUUACUGCAAAUUCUGAUGACAAAACCAGCAUAGAUUGCAAUAUUAAAUCUUUUAAUGGUGAUAUGAAGAAUUUAUUUAUACCCUCAUCAAAUUCAACUUAUAUCUCCUCUAAUGAAAAUCAAGUUCUUUCAAAUACAAAUGAAUCAACUUAUUCAGAUAUAAAUAAUAUUUUUACUACUAAUAAAAAACGAGGGUUUUCAAUUGAAGAAAUCAGUAAAGAUGAAACUUCUCAAAAUAGCCAAAGCAUGUCAACAUAUUCAAAUGAUUAUACUUGCUUUUUAAGCGAGCAAACAGAUGCUACAAGCAAUUUAACGCCUUUCAAAAGAAGUAAUAGCUAUUAUUUUGACUCUCCUGUAAAAAAGUUAUGUAUUACUAAACUACCUAUUGAUGAUAAAACAAAUGAAGUGCUUGAUAGCAUUGACCUGUAUUCAAAUAAAAAAGAUGAUAAAAUAUUCAAUGGAUUUACUAGUAUUCAAAAUGACUUAGAAGUAGAUUGUAUACAAGAUCGUUAUGAUGGAAGCGACUCUGGAUUUGGAUCAGAAUUAGCAGAAGAUAAAAACACUGGCAGCUUAGAUGUAGCAGUCUCGUCAUCAAAUAUAUCAUACAAAACUGAUUUUACAUCAAACCAAGAAUCUAGUUUUGAAGAUUUACAAAGAACUUCAAAUGAAUUUUUGUCGGCAAUGGAAGUGUUGAAGCCUAAAUUUUCUGAUUCUAUUCUAGAUUCAGGACCAUUAGAUGUUAGAAGUAAUUAUGGAAUUGUUAAAGGCAUUUUAAAACGCAACAAACCAGUCAACUAUGGUGUUCUAACAUCUGAUGUUACAACAGUGAAGAAACGCAAAAAUAUAAAUUUUGCAAAUGUAACUGUCUUUUAUUUUCCUCGAGUUCAAGGAUUUACAUGCGUUCCAUCUCAGGGUGGUUCUACUCUUGGCAUGACAAGAGUUCACAGCGCAUCAAGAGUUUUUUCUCUUCCUGAAUAUAUAGCAGAACAAAGAAGAAUACGUCGAAACUUAAUUCAACUAAGUCAAUCCGAGGUUUCUGGUACAAAUAGUGAGGACAGUGAUAGUGAUGUAGGAGCAGCAGAUGUUUACUCUGAAUCUGAUGCUGAUGUUGAUUCAGAUAGCAAUGGAAGUUUUUUACAACCUGUACCUACACGACAAAGACGUGCUCUAUUGAAGGCAGCUGGUGUUGACAAAAUUGAUUCUUCAGAAAAGGAUGAUUGCAAGAGCAUAAGACUAUCGAGGGAAUUUUGCGGAUGUUUAUGUCGUGGUUUUUGUGACCCAGAUACAUGUGCUUGUUUUCAAGCAGGCAUAACAUGUCAAGUUGACAGAAUGAAUUUUCCGUGUGGAUGUACAGUAGAUGGCUGUGGAAAUUCUGUUGGUCGCAUAGAAUUCAAUCCAACAAGAGUUCGAAAACAUUUCAUUCACACUAUAAUGAGACUUGAAAUAAAAAAGAGAGAAGCACAAGAAGAGGAGCACUGUAAUAAGCUAGCUAUGACAUCACCACUUAUAUCCAAUUUUUCCUAUCAUGAUUCCAGACACAUACAACCGUAUUAUCAACCACAGCACUAUGAACACAAUUUAAAUGAUUAUAAUUAUCAUUCGUUUUUACCUGUUUAUGAUGGUAAUCACGUUACUCCAGAAACUAGUACACAGAACAAUUAUCAGCUAAAUAAUUCGCACAAUUUAUAUGAACCGUAUCAGCCAUUUCCAUCUGCGUUUGUGCCUUUAUCACAAGAUAGAUCUAGAGGAUUGUCUAUUUUAGACAAUAAACCUGAAACAUUCACGGAUUUAUUGCAACCAUAUAGUUUACAGAGUAUGGAAAGUACUGAUUCACUCGGUAUUCCAAAUAUUCCAAAUACAUUAGUGUCUGAUAGUUUUAAUUUAGAAACUGAAAAUUUAGGAGAAAUUAUUAAAAAUACAAUGGUUGAAAGUGUAAAUUCUUAAAA